UAGAGAGAGAAUUGAAAAAGAAGAGAGAGAGAGAGAAUCGGUGAAUAUAAUCAUAUAAAGUCGUAGACUCAAUACAGUGAGAGAGACACAGAGGGGAACAGAGACAGAGAGAGAGAGAGAUGGAGAAAGAGAGAGAGCAGCUGGUUUACUUAGCCAGGCUUGCAGAGCAGGCUGAGAGAUACGAUGAAAUGGUUGACGCAAUGAAAAAAGUAGCAAGGUUGGACGUGGAACUGACUGUUGAGGAGAGAAACUUAGUCUCGGUUGGGUACAAGAAUGUAAUUGGGGCUAGAAGGGCAUCAUGGCGGAUCUUGUCGUCCAUUGAGCAAAAGGAGGAGAGUAAGGGGCAUGAACAGAAUGUGAAGAGAAUAAAGAAUUAUAGGCAGAGGGUCGAAGAUGAGCUCACUAAGAUCUGCAUGGACAUAUUAGCAGUUAUUGAUGAGCACCUUCUUCCAUCUUCCUCAACUGGAGAAUCAUCUGUUUUCUAUUACAAAAUGAAGGGAGAUUAUUAUCGAUAUUUAGCUGAAUUCAAAACAGGAGAUGAGCGCAAAGAUGUAGCAGAUCAGUCCCUUAAGGCCUAUGAGGCUGCCACUAGUGCUGCUUCCACAGAUCUUCCUCCUACACAUCCUAUCAGACUUGGAUUGGCCCUUAACUUUUCAGUUUUCUACUACGAGAUAUUGAACUCUCCCGAGAGGGCGUGCCACCUUGCCAAACAAGCCUUUGAUGAGGCUAUUGCGGAACUUGAUAGCCUCAAUGAAGAAUCCUACAAAGACAGCACUCUCAUUAUGCAGCUUCUUAGGGAUAAUCUUACUUUGUGGACCUCAGAUCUUCCUGAGGAGGGAGGUGAGCAAUCCAAGGGCGAUGAGCCUCAAGGAGAGAGUUAGGGCGAGCUGCAGCGUAGAACGAUGAUUAUUUGAAAGCGUCUGGUAUGUGCAGAGGGCGCGCAUGUGAAACUUGUUUGUUGUUUACAUGAAAGACAAGGACUGGAUCGUAAUUGGUUUGUAUUUUGUUCAUGAUGAAGCAGAGUAUCUUUAAACCGUUUCGUCUUCUUUGUUUUCAAUGGUAAGAUGCUACGUCGAUGUGAUGUAGGGUCCCCAAUCUUUUCUGCAAAAUUGCACCCUACCUGAUUGUUUUAAUGUCCGUGCUAACAAUGGGUCCAAUACUAUGUUUAAAGUAAUAAAAUGCACCAUUUGUAGGCGUUUCA